AUGGCAUUCAAACGAGCGAAGAGAAAUGAAGUGAUUGUUGUGACCAAAGAUGAUGUGGUCUUUCAUAUGAAUGUCAAUAAUAUCACACAAAUGACACAAUUGUCUGAAUUGAAGGCAAAGAAUGUCACUAAAAUCACAUCCGGUGCUAAACAUUUGUGUGCUCUUACAUCGGCCGGUGAUGUGUAUGUUUGGGGCGAUAAUAAGUAUAAUCAGUUGGGAAACGAUAAUAUGACUUCAUCUUCACUUCCGUUGAAAAUAUCAUUCAAUUUAAAUAAUGAAAAGAUUGUCGACAUUGAAUGCGGUUUACAACACACACUGGCGCUGACCGAUGCCGGGCAUUUGUACGCCUGGGGUUGUAAUAGUAGUGGUCAAUUAGGUAAUGGCAAUACCAGUAGGCAAUCCACACCUAUUCAAGUGAUCUGGACAGAGAAAUCUGAACAAAGAAUAAGAAUAGGAGAACAGGACAAAUAUCAAAUAACAUCCAUUGUUUGCGGUGGAUAUCAUUCACUGGCCGUUACGGACACCGGGAGUGUGGGUUACAAUAGAUAUAAUCAGUUGGUUUUGAGUAACACAUAUGGGUUUCAACAAUCAUUGCCCGUUCAGAUUGAAUAUUUCAAAGAAAUGAAAGUGGUCAAAAUAGGAACCGGUGAUAAGACUAAUAGGAGUGAUCCAUUCAAAGUAAACAUCAAUUAUUAUGGUCCUAUUGUGGAUGUGGUUUCACACAUGAACAGCAAUAUUUCAACGGCCGUUACGGCUAAUGCAGUGCUUUAUGUAUGGGGCGAAUGUCGGGAACCGGUGGGAGAUUUGCUAAACCCUAUCGAUGUAAUGAAUUUUGAAUCGAUAUAUGAUGUGUUUGGGAUGUAUGACAAAACACAGGCGACGUAUCGCUCGAUAUUAAUCAAUAUCGCCGACGACAACCACCCAGUGCUCAAUAGUAUGUGCGAAGCCUUCGACAAUACCAUAUCAUCUAAUUUCCGGUUUGUGAUCGACGGACAGCCCAUUCAUGUCAUCAAAGAGUAUUUGAUUAUUCGCUGCAAACGUAUGGAACCAAUGAUACGUUUGUUAGACACCAAUCAAACGGAAGUUAUGUUAACAAACUAUUCUUAUGAGGCAUUCAAAGCAUUUCUGCAAUAUCUGUAUACCAACGAUGUGUUUGUGGCGCCGGAUAUUGCGGUCGAGUUAUUAGGUUUGGCCGACACUUACGCCGAGACAGAUCUCAAGACAAAGUGUACUCAACUUUUACGUAAAGGCAUUACUAUUGAAACCGUGGCCGUAAUAUACGGGUCGGCUGUUAAACACUCGGAGUCCGCACUUCAAGAAAUAUGUUUCAAUUAUGCGGUCAAACACUUUGAAGAUGCUUACAGCAAAUGCCGGACUUUCAAGCAAGCACACAUUACAUAA